AUGCAAAAUGCAUGGUUGUUAUCACUAAACCGACAGAAGGUCGAAGAGGAGCUGAAACGGCUCGAGGAUGAUGACGUCAUCGAGACAGUCGCAGGCCUUACGCCAUGGGUCUCCCCCAUCCUGACGCCACCCAAGGAUCCGGACAAGGUUAGAAUUUGUGUCAACAUGAGACAGGCCAACACCGCCAUUCAACGUGAAUGCCACAUCACUCCAACCAUGGAUGAUAUAAUCCACGAGUUGAAUGGAGCUACAGUCUUCUCCAAACUCGACCUGACUGCCGGUUACCAUCAGCUAGAACUCCACCCUGACAGCAGGUACAUCACGAUUUUACCACCCACCUUGAAAGACCAUGAUGACAGUCUCAAAGUUGUGUUCCAGAGACUGAAAGAAAGGCUCACGCUCAAUAAAAAGAAAUGUGAAUUCAACAAAAGUAAAGAUCCACAAGACCAGACUGAAGUCAGGAGUCUGAUGGGCAUGGUCAACUACAGCGCUCGUUUUAUCAAAGACUUUGCUUCCAUCUCUGCACCACUGCACAUGAGUGAAAGCACAAGAGCGAUGAAAGUGGCAGAGGAGUAUGUCAACUUUGUGUCUGAGCAUGCUACACCCAAUGACAUGACUCUCCAUGAGAUAAAAGACAAAAAUGCUAAAAGACCCAAUCCUGCAAAAGACAAAUUUCCCUCUAUUUCUUACAGACAGCCAAGUCUUCAACCAUCCAGAUCAACUCUGAUUGAUCAGGGUCCUCCAAAACGAUUUAGCCUAAACACAGAUAAAAAAGUUUUGGAUGAUGACGGAAAAGUCCGAAAAUGGACUUUUGGGAAAAAAGAUGAUAGUAAACCAAACAAAAUUGUUCUUCUGGUGGGAGAGACCGGAGUCGGCAAGACGACUCUCAUCAACACCAUGGUCAACUACUUACUGGGAGUGAAGUUUGAGGAAGAAAAGUGGUAUGAAAUUACAGAAGAAGCAUCUGGAGAUCAAUCAGAAUCACAAACCUCUGAAAUCACCAUGUAUGAGGUCUUUCCUGAAGAGAGUCCCAUAUCUCUCACCAUCAUUGAUACUCCAGGCUACGGAGACACUAGAGGACUGGACAAAGAUCUGGAAGUUGCUGAGAAUUUAGCCACUCUGUUUCAAAGCAAUGAUGGAGUUUGUGAAGUAGAUGCUGUGUGUUUUGUGAUUCAAGCGUCUAAGAAUCGUCUCUCAGACAGACAGCAUUACAUUAUCAGUUCAAUUCUGUCUUUGUUUGGUAAAGACAUUGUGAACAACAUUGUGUUUUUAAUCACACACUCUGAUGGUCUGCCACCCACAAAUGUCAUUGGUGCCAUUAAUAAAGCUAGAAUCCCCUGCAGACGAGACAAAAGUGGGCAACCUGUUAAUUUCUUAUUCAACAACCGGCAGGCUGAAGGCCGUCACACUAAAGAACGUCACGUUCGCGCUCAAAGAGAUGCCUGGGAAGACAGUGUGGAUGGCAUGAAGCAAUUCCUUCAGUCUCUCGAUGAAAAGAACCGAAGAAGCUUAGAGUUGACUUCAAAUGUUCUGAUUGAGCGAAUUCGAUUUGAAGCAUCCAUCUGCAACUUACAGCUGCGAGUUCAAGAGAAAGAAUCAAAAAAGGCGGAAAAACUUCAGAUUCAAAAGGCAUUGAGACAAAACAAGGAAAAUAUCGAAGGGUGCAACAACUUUAGCAUUAAAAUCGAUAAGACUGUCAAAGAGAAGGUGCCCAUCGAGAGCAGGUCAUGGAAGAACAGGAAAGCGACAACCUGCACAGUCUGUGAAGAAAACUGUCAUGAGUUUGACUGCUGGUGGGGUUCAAAUCCCAGCAAAUGUGAAGUCAUGAAAGACGGUUUCUGCACUGUGUGCACAGGGAAGUGUCAUCACAGCAAACACGUCAAAGAAAACAAGAAAUACGUCAUCAGAACCUCAAGCACGAUGGUACAAUAUGACUCUAUAAAAAGGAAAUAUGAAAAAGCCCAAGAGCAAACCAAGAGGUUUUUGAUUGUAAUGAACAAUGUUGACAAAGAUCUCCAGGAUAUUGAAACCCAAAAGUCAAUUCUUCUGUUCAAUGCAUACAGGACCAUCAAGCACCUGUCUCAGAUCGCAUUGAAACCAGACUCUGCCUUCACUCUUCAGCAUCUGGACUUCUUCAUCCCCAGAGUGAGGGAGGCUAAGAAAGAAGACUGGGUCAGGGAGCUUGAAGAAAUGAGGAGAAAAGCUGUAGAUGAUGAAGCCAAUAAAGACGCUCUGAGUUAUCUGAAAGCUGGUCUAGCAAAAAUUUUCCUUGGUAGACAAUGAACAUUUGUGAUUACACUUCUUAUGUUUUUCUUUAUACUGUUCAGAUUUGUAAGAAAUAGUUUUGAUAAAUUACUUGAACUGGAAAAUACAACAACUUUGCAAAUAUCUUCAUGAAAUAACAGACUUGUAGAUAUUUGACA